AUGACUGGCUCGGCUGGGGGUUACCAAGUGGGCUUUCAGCUCACGCCUUUGGGUCCUAAUGGCGAUUUGACUGCCCAUGACUUCAAGGGUGGGCCACAUCCCGUGGAGAAGGAUCCCAUUUUCCAUCUUUGUACAGAAAACCGCGAGAAAGGGAACAAGUUGGUUCAAGACGGCAAGUAUGAAGAGGCCAUUGCGCGCUACUCCGAGAUGAUCAUGCAGUCGCGUGCGCUUGAAAACGAAACGGACGUGCAGUGGACGGAGGAGGGACGGGAUAGUGUGCGGACACUGCGUGCUGCGGCGUACCUGAACCUGUCCCUAUGCUUUCUGAAAUUGAAGCAGUGGCAGCACUCCGUGAACACCGCCACACGCGCCAUCCAGGGAGACAAAGAUCCCGCGGAUCCAAAGGAGAACGUCUUGCCGCCGGAAAAGAAGGCGAAAGCCCUUUUUCGGAGAGCGUUAGCUCAGAAAGAUGGUUUUGAGAAGUUGGAUGAAGCUCUGAAGGACCUGAAAAAAGCGCUGGAAUAUGUUCCGGACGACAAGUCCAUUCAGUUGGAGCUGCAACGGGUGAACCAGGCCUUAGCCAAGGAGAAGAAGAAAACCGACAAGAAACUUGCUGGUUUCCUCUCCGAUGCGAAGACGGGCGGCGGCAUCUUUAGCGAGGCGGAGCGGCAGCGCGACACCAGCGGGCCAGAGCUGCCGCAGGAGCCAGUGAAGGUACGCGAUGGACUGUGGCUGGUUCCCAAGGAGGAGGAUCAAGAUGCCAAGGAAGCUACGGAGGCUGGCAUCGAUCUGGAUGAGCUGGGUCGCGAGAUCAAUGAGCUCAGGGAGGAUAAGCCGGAAGUCUUCAGCGAGCUCAGGGAAAAGAUGAAGACCAUGAUUGAGGAGGAAGCCGCGAAGCGUGAUGCAGCAGAUGAAGUGUCUAGGUUCCUGUCGGUGCUUGACGGGCACUGUUUCCAUUCCAAGAAACGAGUUUUCCGCGGCGCAACUUUUCCUCGUGCCGCGCAGCGUUUCACGGCGUCGUUGCGCUGGGUUGAAGGUCUAAGAUGGCGCCACAACACGGGCACGGUGCAGCUGUUUAUGCCUUUGGAGAAAGCCUUGGAAGGUCUUCACGAAACGGAUUUUGAGGUGCGCGUGUCGCCCAGUGAACUGGUGGUCCGAUGUUUGAAGGGUCCACGAAAGAGCGAGGUCGUAGGGGGCGUCAGCGGAAGAUUGACCCAUGAGGUUCAGCCCGGUCAGUGCUGGUUUGCUGUUGAGCGAGAUGUUCGAGAUCCUGAACGGCGGCUGAGACAUUUGGUCAUCGAGCUGGCAAAAAAGAUCCCUGGAAAGCCGUGGACGGAGAAACAAAUCUUUAAGGACCACAAUGAGAUCUUCCAGCGGCGUGCGUUUGCUUGGACUCCUGCGCAGGAACGCGAAGUACAAGAUGACUGGAGAACCUUGCCGCCGGGGCGGAUUCCUGAUGUGCAGGAUCCCUUUGUGAUGUCCCGCAGCUGGCUCUGCAACGAGCUCCAGCAGGGUCAAAAUGAUCAGCACGUCUAUUUUCGCAUCGUCUUGGAUCAGAAGAAGUUGGAUGAAGCUCUGGAAAAAGUGCCCUACUUCAGGCUCUUUGGCGCAGACAUCUGCGAACGUUACUUCAAACUCUUCAUUCGUGGUGAUGAAUCCUCACCGAUCAUGUUGGGUGAGCUGGGAGGAUCCGUCCUCCCGGACUUCACGGAAAUUGAAUUGACCAGCGUGACGCGAGAGGUAGAAGGACACCGGAUCAGAGGAACGAUGGAAACACUGCCCUGCUUGGACGUGACGUUGCUGAAAGCAGAGUCCGCAAAAAGCUGGGACGAGUUGAUCUACUCAGAACAAGAGGUGCUGAACAAACCUCAGGGCAGUCUGGAGGAUUUUCAGGUCCAGCGAAGCAGGCGGCGAGAGGUUUCACCGGACCGUGCCGAUUGGACACCAGACGACUUUGCGGAUGAACAGAAGGAGAAAGCCGACGCCGCGUUCAAAGACGGUGAGUACCGUGAUGCCGUCGUGUACUACACCCGUGCACUGCGACAUACGCCACGAAAUGAAAGGCUGUUGUCCAACCGGAGCGGGGCCUAUUGCAAACUCUCCAAGUUCCAGUUGGCUUUGGAUGAUGUGGAACUCGCCAUGCAGAUUGAGCCAAAGUGGCCCAAACUUUUUUACCGCAAGGGUCACGCUUUACGCGGGCUGAGAAGAUGGAACGAGGCCUUGGAGGCUUUCGGAGAGGGCAAGGUGUUGGAUCCACAGAAUCCGGACUGGGACAAGGAGGUCCUUGUUGUGGGGCUGGAUGCAGCUGGCAAGACCUCUCUGCUGUACAAGUUGAAGCCCAAAAAGGUUGAGAUGACCAUCCCAACCAUCGGUUUCAACGUGGAACAUGCCGAGCUCUGCCCUGGCGGCGGCGGCUGCGAGCUGAUCAGCAUCGACGCCUGGGACGUGGGUGGACGUGAUAAGCUUCGACCCUUAUGGCGUCACUUCUAUGCGGAGAAAAAUGCGGUCAUCUUUGUGAUAGACAGCAACGAUCGUGAACGAUUUCCGGAAGUGAAGGAUGAAAUCAGGAAGAUCUACAUGGAAGAUCAGCUUUCAGAUUUGCCAAUGCUAAUCUUUGCCAACAAGCAAGACCUCCCCCACGCCGCACGCGCCUCGGAACUGGUUGAAGCGCUAGAGCUGCAGACUCUGCGACAGAAGUGGCAGAUCUUCGAAAGCAGCUGCUUGAAGAACCAAGGCAUCCAGGAAGGCAUGGCGUGGCUGGUGUCAGCCAUUCAUGGCGUAGCUGUCUCCACGCCGCGGAAAACGCCGAAGGAGGUGGGUUCUGAUGCCUCCACCCUGGCCAGCGAUGGCGAAAUCACACCGUAG